GGACCAACUAAUUGGGAGGUAAAGCAAAGGAAGAGGAGGGAGAGGCGAAGAAAGGAACCGAGCAUCUCUCCGAGAACUCUGAAAUUGUGUAAUAAGCUUCACAGUUACUGAGCUUGUGGAGGAAGAAGAGGAGGAGAAAAAGGGGCGUGCAAUAUGGCCGGUUACAGACCUGAAGAUGACUACGAUUACUUGUUCAAGUUGGUCCUGAUUGGUGAUUCUGGAGUUGGCAAAUCCAACUUGCUUUCCAGGUUCACUAAGAACGAAUUCAAUCUCGAGUCCAAGUCCACUAUUGGGGUCGAGUUCGCAACCAAAAGCUUGAGUAUCGAUGGCAAGGUCAUCAAAGCUCAGAUUUGGGACACCGCUGGCCAAGAAAGGUACCGAGCCAUCACUAGUGCUUACUACCGAGGAGCUGUUGGUGCGUUGCUUGUCUAUGAUGUGACUCGACACUCUACCUUUGAGAACGUGGCAAGGUGGUUGAAGGAGUUGAGGGAUCAUACGGACCCUAAUAUCGUGGUCAUGCUGAUUGGGAAUAAAUCGGACCUCAGGCACCUGGUAGCUGUCCAAACCGAGGAUGCCAAAGCAUUUUCGGAGAGGGAGUCCCUCUAUUUCAUGGAGACAUCAGCUCUGACUGCAACAAAUGUGGAGAGUGCAUUCACUGAAGUCCUGAGCCAGAUAUACAAGAUUGUGAGUAAGCGGGCUGUUGAGGGAAGUUCUGAUGGAAGUACCUCUGUUUCUCUUAAGGGAGAGACCAUAGAUGUCAAGCAGGAAGGGUCUGUUCUCAAGAGAAUGGGGUGCUGCUCAAGUUAAUUUGGGUUUAUGGUGGGUAAUUCUUUUAGCUGGGAAAUUGGGUUGUAGCUAAGAAGAUGCACAUAAGGCUCUUGGUUAGAACGGAAUCGGGUGGGAACAAGGAAAACACUAGUUUUGGAUUCCUGAAUUUGGCGGAACGAAAGGAGAAAUCGUUUCUACUAGAACAUGGGGAAGUACUCGGUUUAAGUCGCCUUUUGUUUGGGGGUAAUUUGUAUUGCUGUGUUUCUUGUAUUAUAUGCUGCAACUGACAAGAAUUGCAGAUGACGUACCAUAGUCAUGUAUUCUUACUUGUUAGACUACUACUUUACUUCUUUUCAUAUGUGAAAUUCAUGACCACCCCCCUCUCCUCCAUUGUUAAAAAUUGCGCCGAGUGACAGGUAGCGCCUUGGAAU